UAAUUGUCAAUGCAGCGUUAUCUUUUACACUGUGCGGUAGUUUUUUUUCUUAAUUAAUCUCCCCUCCCUGUCCCUGCCAUUAGCUCCCAAAACACAAGAUCAUCAUAAGAAAGAAACAAGACAUAUUUUCCUCUCCUUUUUCUCCUUGUGGACUGCAGAGGUCGUUGGGGCUGUGGCGUACUUUAUAGAUUUUCUUUUCCUUUUGGGGUUGCUACUGCAGAUCUUUCUCUUCACUUGUACUGAAGGAAUUAUAGUCCAUAGCAACUCACGAAACAAGAGUUUCAUCAAAUCCCCCCCUUUCAAAGCUUCAAUGAUAGACAAAGAGAGCAUUCGUUUUUUUAGUUUAGAUGACCAUGACACUGCUCCUGGUUUCAGAGGAAUUUCAUGCCCGUUGUCACUUUCUGGAAAUGGUGUUAUCAGGCAUAUCUCCAUCUGCACUUGUUUGCCAUUUCCAAACGCCUAACUAUGUGAACCGACUGCCCUUGAGAUUCUUGAGAAUUAACUUCACUGCUGACUAGUGUUAUUUGCCAUUCUGGUUUGUAGAAGCGUGGUGGCAUUUCAAUGUAUCUAUUCCUUUCAAAGUUUGUAGAUAAAGCAUUUUCGGCCUUGAAAACUCCAAAAGGUCUUCUGAGAAGGACCUAAUGCCCAAGAGGGUUUCUCUACUAAGAACUUUAGAUUCUCUCUCUUUGGCUGAUGAUUUAUGUCAUUCACCGCCUUUUCUUCUCAUCAUUCCAAUUAUGCUGAUAGUGAUACCUGUUCUUAUGGAGUGCUUCAAGUUUGUUUGUUUUGUACAGGUUCGCUGAAGAUAUAGCAUCCUUGAUUCCUAGCUUGUUGCUUCCUAGUUGUCAACAGCCAAUUUUUUGGGUUUUAUUUUUUAAGCACAAAGAUGGGUGCCUUCUGCUGCUGUCCAUGCAGUGACGAACAUGAAGAACAUGCUUACUCGGGCAAUUCAAUAUACAGGCACUGCGUUUGCCUAAGAUUCUUUUUCCACCAGUUACGCAGUGGGUUCAUUCCAGUUAGGUGAUGCACUUAUUACCUUCUGCCAUGCACUUGCAGUAUGGUACAGUGUUUCACAGACUUGAAGGUAGGACUGUCUCGCCAACCCAAGAAGGUACUUCUUUGGCAUCAACUGGAGUUGGCACAGGAUUGCCAGAUGGUUCUGCAAAUGACACUCAACUCUCGUCAUCCAGGCCACUCCCUUAUGAUACUGAUCAGAGGUAUGCUCAUUUGCAGCGUUAUGGUUUAGUCUCUAGGAAGUCAAUGACUCACUUCCAAGAAGAAUCGCAACCACUGAGAAGAAAUAUGAGCAGUUCUGCCGUGGAAUCAUUGGGCUCUGGAAGAAGAAGAAACGGGAUUGAUUCUGAAGAUGACAAUAAACUUGGCUAUUCAGAGUUGUCAGACAAAUCUUUGGCAACAAAAGUUCCAUACGGGCUAACUUAUGUGCAACCAUCUUCUGAAGAUGAAGAUGCCUGCCCUACCUGUCUUGAUGAGUACACCCCAGAAAAUCCUAAAAUCACAACUCGAUGCUCUCACCAUUUUCACCUUGGCUGCAUUUAUGAAUGGUUGGAAAGAAGUGAAAGCUGUCCAAUAUGUGGCAAGGAAAUGGAGUUUUGUGAAAGCCCUUAAGUUGGUGUGCAUCAGAUUCACCGUCAAUGGAGGAAGAGCUGGCUGGAGUGUAAAUAAAGGCUCCCUGAGCUUUAUUUAAAAGAGGCUUGCAUAGAUUUCUCAAAAGAAAAAAAAAAGGUUUUUGCAUAAAACAAUUUUUCAUUCUCUACUUACACUACCUUGUAAUUUUCUACUGUACUUGAUUGUCAAAUGCUCGUUGCUUUUGGUGUAUAUUCUACUGAUCAGUGUAUAGCUUGUAUAAACUGAUUCAUAAACAUUAUGCUGAUUCAUACAAGGCACAGCCUAAGUACUGCUGAUAUUAUUA